UCCACAUGUGAUAACCCAGACCUUCCCUGAUCAGCUCCCAGCACAGACCCCCAGCCAUGAGCUCCCCCCAGGUCAGGACCCCCACCCUGCAGAGUAAUAAGAUGAAGAAAGAUGAGUCUUUCCUGGUGAAACUGGGGGGCACCUUGGUCAGGAAGAAAAAAGCUAAAGAAGUGAAUGAUCUCCAGGAGGAAGGUAAAAAUGCCAUCAACGCUCCGAUGUCUCCAACACCCAUCACCCUCGACCCAGAGGAGACAUUGCUUGAGGAAAAUGAAGAGCGGACAAUGAUUGACAAAGCGUCCAGAGAAGAUCCCAAAUAUAUAGAACUAAAAAAGGUUCUCAUAGAUUGGAUUAAUGAAGUUCUGGUGGAGGAGCGGAUUAUUGUUAAAAGUUUGAAACAUGAUUUGUAUGACGGACAGGUGCUACAGAAGCUGCUAGAGACACUGGCAAACUGUAAGCUGAACGUGGCAGAAGUGACACAGUCUGAAAUCGCUCAGAAGCAGAAGUUACAAACUGUUCUGGAAAAGGUUCAGGAUCUCCUGAGACCCCAAGGGUGGCCGAUCCGAUGGACCAUGGACGCGAUCCAUGGAAAGAACACGGCCGCUAUUCUUCACCUUCUUGUAGCACUGGCGAUGCAUUUCUGCGCUCCGAUUCGCCUUCCUGAACAUGUCAGCGUCCAGGUCGUCGUCGUAAAGAAACGAGAAGGCCUCCUGCACACAUCCUAUGUGACAGAAGAGCUUACGACCACAACAGAGAUGAUGAUGGGAAAAUUUGAAAGGGAUGCGUUUGAUACCCUCUUUGAUCAUGCUCCAGAUAAACUGAGUGUUGUUAAGAAGUCUUUGAUUACGUUUGUGAAUAAGCAUCUAAACAAACUGAACCUGGAGGUGACGGAGCUGGAGACUCAGUUUGCAGACGGUGUGUACUUGGUGCUUCUCAUGGGGCUUUUGGAGAAUUAUUUCAUUCCUCUUCACCAUUUCUACUUGACGCCCGAGGGGUUCGAUCAGAAGGUUCAUAAUAUUUCCUUUGCUUUCGAGUUAAUGGAGGACGGCGGACUUAAGAAGCCUAAAGCGCGGCCAGAAGACAUCGUUAACCUGGAUCUGAAGUCAACGCUGAGGGUGUUAUACAACCUGUUUACAAAAUACAAGAACGUUGAAUAACUGGACAUUUAAAAAAUAUCUGCAUCUGACGUGCCUUAAUGUAUAUUUUUGUAAAUAUGGCACCAACCGCUGAGAGCCACGAACCCUGUCGCCCUGGGUAAAAAACACAGAGUUAAUCAGGCCGCAGCGGCCGCCCUCAAUUUUACGGUUAUCUGUGAGCUCUAUUUCCGAGGCUGCCUGAGAGUCAUGGUAAAAGUAGUCCAGAUAUUUGCAGGACUUUUAUUUAGAGAUUACUGCUCUACAUGGUAAACUGGUGAAUUGGUACACAGUGGCUUCAUGGAAAUGGGAUGAUGGCGUCUGGGAUUAAGGGAAUUAUUUAACACAACGUUAAUAAAUGUAUUAAUAUAUAGCAGUUCUAUUUAUAAUAUGUGCGUCUGUGUUGGAUUAAUGCAAUAUUGAAAUCUAUUUGUUCUGUGUGGCUGAAUCUCCGCAGCCGAUCUCAAUAAAUCUUUCUUCAGUCCUGUGUUGCAUUGCAGG